AUGUUCCUAAGAAACAUUAGACGGUUCGCCACUUAUCAUCGAUUCCAGAACACAACAGUUCCCAUCUGGAACAACAAGAGGAAGCUGAAAUACCUGGGGGUAGCCGUUGCUGGAACAGGCAUAUUUGUGGUGUCUCAUAUAGAGGAGGCCCCCAUCACAAAGCGUAAGAGGUUACUAUGGAUCAAUCCCAAAUGGGAAACAAUAAUUGGUGAACAGUCGUAUUCCCAAUUGAUUGCUGAAAAUAGAGACAAAAUACUGCCUGAAAAUCAUCCAACGGUGAUCAGGGUCAAAAAAAUCAUGAAUAAAAUUAUUAAAGCCGGUUCUGCCGUGGCUCACGAUUCACAACUCUCUGAGGACACAUCUUCCUUGAAACCCAUGGCUAACCGUAGUACCACUGAUAAUAUGAACUGGAAGGUUCAUGUCAUUCAUGAUUCUACUCAACCGCCCAAUGCUUUUGUUCUACCAGGCGGUAAAGUAUUCGUUAUUAGCUCGAUUUUGCCUAUCUGUGCCAAUGACGAUGGUUUGGCUACAGUUUUAGCCCAUGAGUACGCUCAUCAGUUAGCCAGACAUACUGGCGAGAACUUAUCCAAGAUGCCCUUUUACGCUCUACUGAAUCUUGUUCUUUUUACUAUUACAGGCUCCAGUUCUCUCAAUCGGAUUCUCUUACAAACUGCUGUACAGAUGCCUGCGUCUCGCGAGAUGGAAACAGAAGCAGACUACAUCGGAUUAAUGCUGAUGUCCCAAUCUUGUUAUGAUCCCCAAGAAGCUCCAAGGUUGUGGCAGAGAAUGGCUGAGCAUGAGAAAAGUGGUGCAGCAAGAGGAAUGGGUUCAGUUCCUGAGUUCCUGUCUACCCAUCCAGCCAGUCGUCGGAGAAUCCAGAACAUGAGCAAUUGGCUGCCCGAGGCAGAGCGGCUGAGGGAGUUGCAUUGCCUCGGACAAGUUUCAUGGUGGUGA